AUGGGAAUCCAUUACAGAGCUGCAAAUGAGAACCUCGCAGAAAAUCUUGUUUCAAUUUAUGAAUCCAAAACAAACGAAGUAAAGAUGCCUGCAUUCACAAUUGAAUCAAUGUUCUAUAAUAGACAAUUACAAUUGGCUGUAGAACAAAGUGCUUCACUGAACAGAAUUUAUGAUUUGUACACCACCAUGGUACCACGACUAGUUGGAGUCAACAAUUAUCUGUCAUCACUAGUUUUUCGAAAACUCGCUGCAUCCUCCGAUCGUCAUUGGCCACUGUUACGGAGAGUAAUCAUCGACGGUAUUGCAGCUGGACAGAUGAAUGGAGUUAUUGGAGAAGAAAUGCGCAAACAGUUGUGUAAUGUACAGCUACAUACAUUGGGAACUAGUGAACGGGAGCAAUUCACAUCUCUUGUCCCAAAAAUUGGUUGCAGUUUGGGUUGA